UAAUGAAUUCUAUUUCAUGAGACAUUUCAUGCUGAUGAUGAGUGGAUGAAUAAGCAAACACAACACGUUUUGAGUUACAAAGAAGCAGUAGUAAAGAAAAAAUAAGCAAAACUAAAAAAAAACCAAAAUAAAUUACAAUAAUGUCUAGUGUAAAUGAAAGAAUUGAAAAAUUAAAAAGAGAAACUAGAGAUUUACGUAAAGAAGUUAAAGAUUUAAAAGAGACCUUACAGCAGCAAAAUGAAUUGAUAAUAAGUUUAUUAUCGAAACAAACGGGUAUAUUAAAUGAAACUAUAGAGGCAGAGCAUCCAUUACCUCAUGUCUUCUAUGGCAAGCAAAUAUCAGAGUAUUCGCGACGAUUUCCUUUGGAAAAUAUGAAAGAUUUGGAAAAAUUUGAGGCAGAGAUUAACGAUGAAAAUGAAAAUCAUAUUAUCACUAUAGUACAGGCUUUGAUAGCACCCAAAGGCCUUACGAAAAGUAUAUCUAAUGUUUUGUCCGAAAAUCUCAUAAUGGAAAUUAAUGUAGACGGUUAUCAUAAUAAAAAACGAUUAUUAAAUUUUCCCAAAACUAUUGAUAUUAUAUUUAUGGCCAGUCGCAAUGAUAAUGAAGACUACAAUAACCAAAUGUUUUUAAAUGAAUUAAGACGUUCUCUGCGCAUGGUCAAGAAUCGUAUACAUAAAAAUAAUUGUCAGGCUAGACAGAAACUGCGGGAACAGCAGGAACAAGCCCAAAUGCAAGAAACUGUAGAACAAUUUAUUAUUAAAACUGAAGAAGCUGAUUUUGAUUAG